AUGGAUUUUGAAAAUUUAAUUAAAGAAAUACAACAGAAGCUGGAAAAAAACAUCGUGAACCAUGGGAAUAGUGUAUCCAUAGAAGAGAGUUGGAUUAUAAACAAUGUUUUCAGAUUGUUUGAAGAAUACCCCUCAGGCAUUACAUGGGCUAUCUUACUAAAUGAGCUUGAAUUAACAUGCACCGAAAGACUUUAUCAUGAGGAUCGAUUUUCUACUCUAGAGUCUGUCAAAGAUUCUGAAUCCGACGUCCAGUUUGAAAAUAGUUUUGAGCUAGAGUGCAUUGACUACUAUUACCAUCCUCUUCCUACUUUACAAUUAAAGGAUAGAAGGCAAAAUACAUGUGAUUUAAUGCUGCACUCGUCUUACUACUUGUUAUUCCAUAGUCCGUUUGAUAUACUGAAACACUCUUUCGUUCGUUUUUCGAGGGCAAAUUUAUACCCAAAAUGGUUUUUGAAAAAGAAAUUGCAAUUCUUACCAACUACUUAUUUCCUACCAACGCUUGGUGCUGAUACAUUCUUUUCAUUGAUGCGAGCAGCUCUGGAAACGAAGGAUCAUGGGGCUUUUUUGAUUCUAAACAAAAGUCUAGACGAGCAAAAUAGAACCGGAGUACAGUCGAUUUUUCUUCGACCAGUCAAAGCAUCUUUUGAAACAAAUAAAGACCUACUUGAUGAUUCUUCGGAUCCAAUUAUUUUAGAGUUUAGUGGGAAUUUUGUUGAUUUCCCUAACAUGUUGGAUUGCGGACAGUAUUUAAUUGUCCCGUAUUGGAACACAUUUUGGGAAAAGACAACGCAAUGGCAGGAAGGUAUGAUUGCAAUCAUGUCUUCCAUAGAGAAUUCUGGACAAAGCAAUAAUGAUGAGCAUGUUUGGAUAACCGGUCGUGUUGUGUCGAUUUCCCCCGACAUCAUAAGCCUUGAUUGUUCUAAUGGAUUAAAAGAAGUUAAAUUUACAACAGAAAAAUUGCUUCAUAACAUUGUACCUGGGGAACAAAUCGUUGCAACUUCAUUAAAACAGGAUCCCGAUAGCAAAGAAAAAUACACGGUUUCUUCUUACACGAAUCUUCUAUCAAUUUCGCAGCUGAACUGUCCGUUGAAUUCAAAUUUCUUAAGGAAUGAUUUGAAAAGAUUUAAAAACUUACGUCCACAUACUCAAGGUCAUAUCAAAGUUUUACCUCUUCAGCUUGACGUCUUUUUAAAUUCUUCAUCGAUCGUAGAAUCAACAAGCAAUGAUCGCCAUUUAUCUUUUCAGAUACUUUUGAGGGACCAGUUUAAUGACAAGAUUUCUGCCUCUUUACAUCCAAGGGGUACGGAAUAUCAACAGACAGAUGUUGUUUGUUUUUUGAAUUCCAGUGAACAAGAUAAUGGCCAACAUAUUCGAACAAUCAACCUUGCGGAUUUGUACCCUUCCGAAGUUUGGUGCGAUGUGUACGUGAGUCACGACAAUAUUAUUAGCAUACAGAAACUUUCAUUUGUUUAA